AUGGAGUCUGGAGUCAACACCACAGGGGAGGUCAUUCCCUACGGAGGAAAGAGUGCCUUUUCACAAUUGGAGCACAACAUAGUGGCGGCAUACCUUAUCACUGCAGGUGUCAUCAGUUUGGCCAGCAACAUUGUGGUACUGGUGAUGUUUGCCAAGUUCAAGGAGCUGCGAAAUGCCACCAAUGCCAUCAUCAUCAACCUGGCCUUCACUGACAUUGGAGUGGCCGGCAUCGGCUAUCCCAUGUCUGCUGCCUCUGACCUCCACGGGAGCUGGAAGUUUGGCUACACUGGAUGUCAGAUCUAUGCAGCUCUGAACAUCUUCUUUGGGAUGGCCAGUAUUGGACUGCUGACAGUGGUGGCCAUUGACCGCUACCUAACCAUCUGUAGACCUGACAUAGGGCAGAAGAUGACCACCCGCUCAUACACACUCCUCAUUCUGGCUGCAUGGCUCAACGCAGUGUUUUGGUCGUCCAUGCCCGUGGUGGGUUGGGCCGGCUAUGCCCCUGACCCAACUGGUGCCACCUGCACCAUCAACUGGAGAAAAAAUGAUGCGGGCUUUGUCUCCUACACCAUGGCAGUAAUCACUGUGAACUUCCUCAUCCCUUUGUCAAUGAUGUUCUACUGCUACUACAGUGUGUCUGUCACCAUGAAGAGAUAUAAAGCCAGCAACCGCUUGGACAGCAUUAACAUGGACUGGUCAGACCAGAUGGAUGUGACUAAGAUGUCGAUAGUGAUGAUUGUCAUGUUCCUGGUGGCGUGGUCGCCGUACUCCAUAGUGUGCCUAUGGGCGUCCUUUGGGGACCCCAGAAAGAUUCCUACCCCCAUGGCUAUCAUCGGUCCUCUCUUUGCCAAGUCCUCCACCUUCUACAACCCCUGCAUCUACGUUAUUGCCAACAAAAAGUUCAGAAGAGCGAUCACAGGAAUGCUCCGAUGUCAAACCCGACAACGGAUCACCAUAAACAACCAGGUUCCCAUGACGAUUUCCCAGCUCCCUUUGACCCAAUGA